GCCGUCUCCCUGGCAACCUAGGUUCCGAGUUUCGCUGGCCCCGCUGCAAGAAUGUGAGGCGCCUCUUCCGGCGUCCGGGUUACUGGCUGGACCUUGGGCGCGCGCGGUGCUACCACCCCUCGGCCUUCACCCGAAAAGGCAUUGACCGACACUACUCGGAUGCAUUUGACCAUCUCCUAGGAGACUUGCAUGUUGAGUUUCGAUAAGCAAACAAACAGUUCUCUCUUGUUUGGAUCAAUGCUGAAAUUCCGAGAGGCUGCUAAGUGUGUGAGUGGAUCAAUAGCUGUUUCCACAUGUCCAAAGCCCUUGAUCGCAAGAAGAUACACGCUUCAACAGAAACUUGGCAGUGGAACUUUUGGAACCGUCUAUCUAGUGUCAGACAAGAAAGCCAAACAAGGAGAGGAAUUAAAGGUCCUGAAGGAAAUCUCUACUGGAGAACUCAAUCCAAAUGAGGCUCUGCAGGCCACUUUGGAGGCCCAGCUCCUUUCCAAGCUGGACCAUCUAGCCAUCGUCAAGUUCCAUGCAAGCUUUGUGGAGCAAGAUGAUUUCUGCAUUUUCACAGAGUACUGUGAGUACGCGGGCCUCCCGCCGCUGCGGCUCCUCCCGCCGCUGCGGCUCCUCCCGCCGCUGCGGCUCCUCCCGCCGCUGCGGCUCCUCCCGCCGCUGCGGCUCCUCCCGCCGCUGCGGCUCCUCCCGCCGCCGCGGAGCACAGGAGGGUACUUCCAUCGAGACUUGAAAUCAAAGAAUAUAUUUUUGAAAAAUAAUCUACUUAAAAUUGGGGAUUUUGGAGUUUCUCGACCCUUAAUGGGAUCCUGUGAUCUAGCCACCACUUUAACUGGAACUCCCCAUUAUAUGAGCCCAGAGGCUCUGAAACACAAAGGCUAUGACACAAAGUCGGAUAUCUGGUCUCUGGCGUGUAUUUUGUAUGCGAUGUGGUGUAUGAAUCAUGCAUUCACUGGCUCCAAUUUCUUAUCCAUCGUUUUAAAAAUUGUUGAAGGCGACAUUCCUUCUCUCCCUGAGAGAUACCCAAGACAGCUGAAUGCCAUCAUGGAAAGCAUGUUGAAUAAGAGUCCUUCAUUGAGACCAUUUGCUAUAGAAAUUUUAAAAAUUACUUACAUUGCUGAACAACAACAGCACCUGAUGUGCCAAUAUUCGGAAAUGACCCUGGAAGACAAGAAUUUGAAUCGUCAGAAGGAGGCAGCUUAUAUAAUUAAUGCUGCAGAAAAAAUCCACCUGCAGACCCUGCGGACGCUAUCUGAGGUACAGAAAAUGACACCAGAGAGGAUGCGGCUGAGGAAGGUCCAGGCAGCUGAUGAGGAGACCAGGAAGCUAAAAAAGCUUUUGGAAAAAAAAUAUGAAGAAAACAACAAACAAAUGCAAGAACUGAGAUCUCGGAACUUGCAGCAGCUGACUGUGGAUGUGCUCCACGUGAAGCAUUUAAUGGGAAUUGAAGAAAAGGAGGGGCAACCUGAGGGAAGGCUUUCUUGUUACCCCUGGAGGAGGUUGGAGAGAGGAGCUUCUCAUGAAUUGUUCAUUACCUUCUGCAAGGAAUUUGAUGACUCAGCUUCAGAGAACCUGCCUGAGUCUCAGCCCAUUCCUUCCCUGGACCUUGGCACACUUGGGUCAAGUGUAGAGGACACCAUAGCUGACCUUGGAGAUCACGCGAAGAUGAGCUGGAAACUCACACUGGAUGAGGGACCUCCGCUUCUACAUGAGUUAAACAGCAUCACUACUAACAUGUGUAAGACUGUGAAUGCUCUGAAAUCAGCUGAGCAGAAGCUGGGGGCGGAGGUGUUUGAGGAGGUCUACAGUUACCUCAAGAGAGCAAGGCAGCAGAGAGCCAGCAAGGCAGAGGUCUGGGCAGCUCUGGAAACAGUCAUGCCUCGAGCCAGUGACUGUUCUGAGGUUGAACAGCGACUCUACUUUGAGGAGCAGUUGCUGAUCACAAGCGGAGAAGGGGCCACUCUUCUCCAGAACCAUCGCAAAGCAAAUGUCAGAAACAAGCAACUUCAAGUGGACAAAUGCCUGUGA